CGCUGUUUUCUAGUUGGAGCUGCUCAGACAGCAGGGUGUGUGGAAAAUGGCUGACGGAGUGGAUCACAUCGACAUAUACGCUGAUGUGGGCGAAGAAUUCAACCAGGAAGCUGAAUAUGGUGGCCAUGAUCAGAUAGAUCUGUAUGAUGAUGUCAUAUCUCCAUCUGCAAACAAUGGGGAUGCUCCAGAGGACCGGGAAUACAUGGAUUCCCACCCGACUGCCGGAGGAGACGAUGGGGGUAAAGGACCCUCCUCAAAUGUUGUCUAUACGUACACUGGGAAGAGGAUUGCCCUCUAUAUCGGGAAUCUCACCUGGUGGACAACUGAUGAAGACUUGACAGAUGCCAUUCAGUCUGUUGGAAUAAAUGAUGUUUUGGAGAUUAAGUUCUUUGAAAACCGGGCUAAUGGGCAGUCAAAGGGGUUCGCCCUUAUUUGUGUUGGAUCCGAGGCGUCUUCCAGGAAACUGAUAGACCUGCUUUCCAAGAGGGAACUUCACGGACAGAACCCUAUCAUUACGCCAUGCAACAAACAGUCACUGAGUCAGUUUGAAAUGCAAUCCAGAAAAAGUACACAGUCAGGACAGAUGUCUGGUGAAGGCAAAGCUGGCCCCCCAGGAGUUAAUUCCCGUGGAGGAUUCACCCUGGGAAGAGGACGAGGGCGCUUCCCAGGACCUCCUGGUCCUGGUGGGGACAGGUUCCCAGGGCCUGGUGGACCAGGAGGUCCACCCCCACCAUUCCCAGGAUCUGGGCUGAGACUACCUGAACUCAUUUCACAUAGGCUCCAGGACAGCCAUCUGAUGGAAAUGAGUUUCAAUUGCUUCCAACCUGGGCGGGAUUCGAACUGGCGACCCAGAGGAGCAAUGCAAGGACCACCUCGCCCCCCUCUCGGCCCUCCUGGUCCACCAGGCCACCCCGGGCCACCCCCACCUGGGCAGAAUAUGCUUCCACCGCUCUCAGGGCCCCCAAACCGUGGUGACCGCCCUCCACCACCAGUCAUGUUCCCCGGACAGCCGUUCGGGCAGCCCCCCAUGGGUGGGUCCCCUCCCUCCCCCGGCCCCCCUCCCCCAGUCCCGGGCUAUGGACUGCCUCCAGGCCCCCCUCCCCCCCAGGAGCAGGGUCCUCCCCCACCCCCUGGACCAUUCCCUCCCCGUCCGCCAGGCCCCAUCGGGCCCCCAUUGCCUGGCCCCCCCCCACACCUCUCUGGGCCCCCUCCAGGGGCUCCUCCACCAGCACCCCAUGUCAACCCUGCAUUCUUCCCACCCCCUAACAACAGCGGCAUGCCCUCCUCUGACAGCCGGGGCCCUCCUCCUCCUGAUCCUUAUGGCCGCCCGCCACCUUAUGACAGAGGGGACUAUGGUCCAGCUGGCAGGGAAAUGGAUGCCGCACGAACUCCAUUGAGCGAAGCAGAGUUUGAAGAAAUAAUGAACCGGAAUCGAGCAAUCUCCAGUAGUGCCAUAUCAAGGGCUGUUUCAGAUGCCAGUGCAGCUGACUAUGGGAGUGCUAUAGAGACGUUGGUAACUGCUAUUUCUUUAAUUAAGCAGUCCAAAGUAUCAGCCGAUGACCGCUGUAAAGUGCUGAUCAGUUCUUUACAGGACUGUCUGCAUGGAAUUGAGUCCAAGUCCUAUGGCUCUGGCUCCAGAAGGGAGAGGUCCAGGGAGAGGGAUCACAGCCGCUCGCGGGAGAAGAGCAGGCGCCACAAGUCACGCAGCCGCGACAGACAUGAAGACUACUACCGGGAAAGAAGUCGGGACCGCGAGAGGCACAGGGAGCGAGACCGAGACCGGGAGCGUGACAGGGAGAGGGAAUACCGUCACCGCUAGGAAAGCUGAAGGAAGAGGAAGGCUCAACGAGUCAGAAGAGGCCCUUCACGGAAAGAUCGUCCUUGUCUGUUUUUUUCUUCUCUCGGACGGAUUGGACUUCACAGUCAAGGAUGUGUAAAAACAGAGCGACAGUAGAGUAAAGCAAACCUACACUCAUGGUAACCGAUGGCUCUUUUUUAUUUUAUUUUUAUGUUGCUUUAAAAGUUUUAUUUGUAAAACAACCUGUGUGAUUUAAAAGAUUCUGCUUUGCAAAAAUAAAGAAAUUGCCUGUUCUCUCUCCAAAACAUUUUGACAGAUGUGUAAGCAAUUUGCAAUAGAAGCAUUGUUUUUAGUUUUCUUGUUGCAGAAUAUGUUCCUGUUCUGAUAAUGUCUGUAAACGUCACAGCUUUGGUAAUUAAAUUUAGAUUUAGUGUUGUAAUAAACUGUUUACUGGGGCUGAUUGUUUAAAAGCUUCACUUUUUAAAAACAUUUAUUCCGGAUUCCUCAAGUUUUUGUUCAUUUUUUUUUUAUAUUAAAUGUAUUUUUUGUGAAGACUUUUUUUCAUACCUUGACAUUCAUCAGAAAAACACUUACUUGUGUGUUGCUUUUCCUCUAUUUUAGAUAAAUAUGAUAUCUAUUUCAAUGAAACACAUAUUGAUGUUUUGGCUCAAACUUUUUAAAGGCUUUGUCGUGCACUGUUGGUAACCGGUCCUAAUGAAAUUUACAUACUUGUAAAACAAGCAAUACAUUUUAAACAAGCUGCUGGCAACAUAGCAUAGUAAAUGGAUAAUACAAAGAGAUUUGACUGAAUGUUAGUUUGUUACAAAUGUCUUUUAUAAAUGACAGGCCAUAUGUUUUUGGAAGUCAGCAUUCAGUAUUUGUUUUAAGUGUUAAGCUGCCCUGGAUAAAUGAGAUUUUAGGAGCUUGUGACCUGCAGAUAAACUUGCCUAAAGUGUUUUGUUUUGGUGAUUUUAAUAAUGUACAUAAUAACCUAACUCCCACACGAAUCCUAGAAUUUAAUGGGUUUUUUUUUUUAAACAUUUUGAAAUUGUACACACAACCUUUUUCAUGUUUCAAACGUUCUCUUUCUAUAGGCCAUAUUAUAUAGUAAUGUAAUAUUAACUGAAGACCGGUUGUGUGAAAUGUAACAACUACUUUCAAGGUUAAAUGAUUUGAAAUGCCAAUAGCUCACUGUUCCUUGAGGAUGUAAAAGAUUGAGUGGUUGUUCAGCUUGUUAUAUAUAAUAUAAUUUUAAAAGGAUAAUGAACAAUUUUUUUAAAUGCUCAAAAUACAAAUAAGUUAUUUUUGUUACAUGGUAAAUACUGUUUUGUACUGCAAUUGUUUUAUUUUAUAUACAAGAUCUACCAAGUGCUACGUCUUGAGCAUUGCAAUACAGGACCAUCCAUGGUUUUAUAAGCGCAAACAUAACAGCUUGGAUAGUUGUACAGAGUUCUACUUUUCAUCUGAAAUCCUAAUGCUGUGACUGUUUUUACAUACAGAAGACUAGCAUAAUUAUUGUAAAGGGAAUGCAAGUAAUAUUAUGUAUAAAGGGAUGUUGGAAAAGAAACAACUAGUUUUGUUCCAUGGUCCUAAGGUGGUUUUGUGGUUGAAAACCCUAACAGUAAUAACUGAAGAAUGUUCAUCUCUGAGCACAAGUACUGCCCUUUUAGUGGCUGUGGAACAAAUCCAUAUUAACCUCUUAUGUGUCAACUGCUUUCGGCAUUCCCUUUUAAUAGGCCUGUGGUUUCUUUGAUAACCCUGCACAUGCACACAUGUCAGGUAGUGCGAGAGUAGCUCAUUGUCUUAAGUAAACAGACACCCUAACUUUACAUCUAAAUGACUAUUACUACUGCUUGGUCUUUGUAUAUUUGAAUCGGGUUUCAACAGUAAAAACUGGAAAUAUAUUGCUGCCAUUGCAUGUCAACAAACUGUAAAAUAUGAAAUUAGACUGGGUGUAAUCACUGAGGCAGUGUUAAAGUUUUAUUAACAUCCAAAAGCAAUUGGCAAUGCUUGCUGCUUGUAGGGUUGGUAAUUAGUCAGGGAUUUUUUUUUUUUUUGUAUUUAAUGCGCAAACUAGACACUGUUGACAUUGGCACUGGAAAGCAUUCAGCUGUAACACAAAUGGUUUUAAACUGCCCAACUUGUUGAAGUAUGUCUCUUGUGGAAUGUGUUUGAUCACUGAUGUGCCAUGCUUAAUACUAGAUGAUCUGCAAAAUCAAAUUGUUCCCUCAAAAAAAAAAAGCUGCUCAACGUUAAUUUUUACCAGAAUUCCGUUCUGCAUUAAAAUAGGUCAGAAAAUUAGGUCUUGAUUUGCAGGCAGUGUAUUGUCCUGCUGAUAUAAAAAUGUAUAACAGUUUGUCAUAGAACAGUAUCUGUUUACUAUCUAAUACUGUAGAUUAAACAAACCUCCACAAUACCAGUAAGUAGGCAAUGUCGUGUGUGUGUGUGUGUGGGGUGGGAGUUCUCUCUUGCUGGUGUUUUUGUGGUCUAGAUACUCUGCACAUUUUGCAUAAAAUAGUUUGAAAGUGUAUGCCAAGUGUAUGUUUUUUAUAUUACAUGUUAAGUUUUAUUUAUUUAUUUUUAACUGGUUUUAAAUCUGAGUGAGGUAAGUUCAAGGGCCAGUGUGAUGAAACUGUCAAAUUUGUAUUUCAUAAUUUAUCUUCCUACUUUUGAACAGCUCUAAAGAUUGAUUGCAUUGGUGUAUAAUUUGAAUAUAAACCUUAUCUGCCUAACAAGAUACGAUCACCUUACUAAGAAAUGCCAUUUCAAACCUGAAAUUGUUGUAAUUAGGUUAAAGGGAAAGUUGUAUAGAAAGGAGAAAUUUAACUUAGAAUAUAAUUUUCUAUGUAAUUUAGCCACUCCGCAUUUGAGGAGUUUUUAAAGUUCAAAGACAAGGCUACCAUAUAGUGGACCAUUUCUAACAUUGGGUAUGAAAGCUGUGCUACGUUUUGGGGUUUUAUUUGUGCAAGUAAGGAGGACUCCAAAUGUGUGUGUGUGAGAUAUACACACAAAGAGAGAGAGGAGGGAAAGUGGUCUGUUUUAAUGAUCUAAACUGUGGCUGAUGUCCUGGGAUUUAAUGGCUGCCUUAUUACAUUUUUGUAUCUUGUCUAGUUAAUAAGUUAUGCAGUAUCAGCCAGCAGCUGUUUAACUAGGUUACAUUGUUUUCAUGUUUUUAUUUAGUGUUCAUGAAUGUGUAUUUAUUUUAUUUGCAUAGUUGCUUUUGGCAGACCCACAUUUGUUAUAAAAGGGUUGAAAACCACUUGUGUAAGCUACAGGGGCAGCCUGGUGAGGGCCAUUGAAAGGUCUGGCUAACCACAGCAGACCGGACAGUUUUCUGUAAUUUAACUUGAGGUUGCCAUUGGGUGGGUGGGUGAGAGAAAUAAAAAAUAAAAAUUUUAACUGGACUGGUUUAUCCUUGUUGGCAUACAACAGACCUGUUUUUACAAUAUUUAAAUCAAACAUCAAAUCGUGUGAAAGAGAACGAAUAACGGUCAGCACUGAAACAGGUAAGUUGGGGAGGGGGGCUUUUCCAGUUUUUAAACUUUACAAUGUACAAAGUAGUAUGUUUAAAGCCAUCUAUUCCUUCAAUUUUGACGACUUGUGAAAGUUUGCAGUUUUCAAAUUUUCAGCAAUUGAAUAUGGGGCGUUGCUUUUAAUCAUUUUAAUUCAUGGAGCUGAUUUUAAAAAGUCGAGUGAUUUGAUCUUUUGCAGUUGCUUAUUGUAAUUUGGACUGCAUUUGAAAUUAGUUCAAUUAUAUUAAAGGUCUAAGAUCUGUGCCUUUGUUAAUUACUUUCCAUUGUGGAUAUCCAGUUCAUUAAAUUUUAGAGAAGAAAUGCCUCAUCUUGUUUUUUUUUUUUUUUUUUUGUCGUCGGCCUCUAAUUGUGAAAUAAUUGGAUUUUAUUUAAUCAAAGUAUCAAUAUUUUAAUCUCGUCUCUAACCCGUCACUUCGCUGCUCCAAUUCUGAAAUAAAAUGUUGAACUCUCA